UGAGGCCGGUGCUAGAUUGUCAAUGAUUUCUUUGCUUGCUUGUUCCGUUCUGUAGCCUUUUUUAAACAUUGGGUUGACUUAGUGAAAUGGUGAAUUACAUUAUCGACAGGGAAAUAGUAUAAAAACCUAUUAAUAUUAAAUACCGUUGACAAUCAAGAUUUCUGACCUUCAAUAAUUCUAUCCUAAAUAAUGUCGCCAUUUUGACCAUGCUAGUUACUAUUGAGAGAGUUUAUCUAAAUUUAUUCGUUUCUUUAGAAUAUUAAAUCCCGGUGAGAUAUGUAAAUGGAUGCUCUAUUUCAAGGAGGACUACGACAAUGUCCCAGAAUACUAGUAUAGUUAAUUUCCUUAUCCAUGACGCCAAUGGACAGCCUCAGAUGGUUAAAGUAGUACAAAACACAAAUACUGAACCCAUUGCACAAGUUAAAUAUAAAUCGAAUCCUGUGAAAGUUUAUAAACUAUCCUCGUGCGACGGUGAUACUCAGGUUCCUGUGUAUCGCCCCAUUAAAUUAACUGGAAUUAAAUGUGCUUCAAAAUUAGUUCAAGUACCUGUAGAUACUUUGGCUCGGCUGCAGAAAGCAACACCUAAAGUAGAGCAAGAGUCUCAUGAUUACAUUGAAAAUAAUCAAAAUCAAUUGACAGAAGCAAAUAUUAUACAUCCUGUACCAGAAUUAGUGCCAUUUGUAACAAAGCAAGAGCCAGUUGAAAACAGUGAAAACAUAGAAAAACCAAAUCUAACAGCAAUGUCUCACACAUCAAGAAGAAGGCACGAUUCUGACAAUGAUCCCCCAGCAGAAUACACUACUAAACGACGUAAGCACGCAGAUAAAGUUGGUAAAGGUUUAAGACAUUUUUCAAUGAAAGUAUGCGAAAAAGUAAGGAAUAAAGGGUUCACAUCCUACAACGAAGUGGCAGAUGAAUUAGUACUAGAAUUUGCAGCUGGAAUGCAUGGUUCUGCUGAUAGCCAAAAUAUACGGAGGAGAGUUUAUGACGCAUUAAAUGUGUUAAUGGCUAUGAAUAUUAUAUCAAAAGAAAAAAAAGAAAUCCGAUGGCUUGGCCUGCCAACAAAUUCAAUGCAAGAGUGCACUGCAUUAGAGAAGGAAAAACAAUCAAAGUUGGAUCAAAUACAAACGAAAACACAACAGUUACAAGAACUUAUAUUACAGCACAUCUCAUUUAAGAGUUUAAUAGAAAGGAAUAAAGAUGCGGAAAAUAAAGGCAUAAAACCUUCACCAUCAUCAGCAAUACAUUUACCAUUUAUAGUUGUAAAUACGAGCGACAAAGCAUUGAUUGACUGUAGUAUCUCUAACGAUAAGACAGAAUAUAUGUUUAAUUUUAAUAAACGGUUUCAAAUACAUGAUGACAUAGAUAUAUUGAAAAGAAUGGGUCUCCUGUUUGGUUUGGAUAAGGGAGAAUGUACAGAAGAGGAUAUUGACAAAGUUAAAAGUAUGGUACCAAAGUCCUUGGAAAGUUACGUUGAGCAAAUGGGCAGAGGUGUCAGUAAUAGUAUUUCUAAUAUUUUGGAAGAGGAAGAUUUAGAUGAUGUUGAUGAGGAAGAAACACUGGAGGGUGAGGCUGAAACAGAGGAUCAGGAAGUAGAAGCCAAUGAGUAUAGUGAAGACAGCAGUGACGUGGAUGUGUAGCAACGAGUUGCCUUGUUAUUUUUAGCACUUUGUAUUUGUACCAUAUUAUAUCAAUUAGUAAUAAACUUUUAAGUUUAUA